AGGUGAGGACACUGAGGUGUGCCCAGGAUUACCUCACAUCUGGAAUAUGCUGAAGCAGUGGGUUGAAACCUAAACUCACAGCCUAGGGUGCAGGAGAAGCUAAGUGGGAGUUCUUAAAGAGCUUCUGAAUGAUACAAAAAUUUACUCUGAAAUAAGACAAGAGGAAAUGACUGUUACAAAACAAAAGAUGAGCAAGAACAAAGAAGAUGCUCCCCAUGAGCUGGAAAGCCAGUUCAUAUUACGCUUACCCCCAGAAUAUGCUUCUACUGUGAGAAGGGCAAUACAAUCUGGAAGUGUUAAUCUGAAAGAUAAGUUGACCAUUGAAUUACAUGCAGAUGGACGUCAUGGAAUUGUCCGAGUGGAUCGUGCCCCAUUAGCUGCUAAGGUGGUUGACCUUCCCUGUGUUACUGAAUCCAUGAAAACCAUAGAUAAAAAAACCUUUUACAAGACAGCAGAUAUCUGCCAGAUGCUUGUGUGCAGUGUCGAUGGGGAUCUUUACCCUCCUCCAGAAGAACCAGUUGCUACUACUGAUCCAAAAGCAAGUAAGAAAAAAGAUAAAGACAGGGAGAGAAAAUUCAUCUGGAACCAUGGUAUCACUCUGCCACUAAAGAAUGUCAGAAAGAGAAGGUUCCGUAAGACAGCCAAGAAGAAAUAUAUUGAAUCACCAGAUGUGGAAAAAGAAGUAAAAAGGCUUCUAAGUACAGAUGCAGAAGCUGUCAGUACCCGGUGGGAAGUAAUUGCAGAAGAUGAAACAAAGGAAGCAGACAACCAAGUUUCCCUGGCAGGCCUAGAUAUUUCCUCUCCAGGAAUGAGUGGCCAUAAGCAGGGCCAUGGCUCCUCAGAACAUGAUGAACUUCGAGAGAUAUUUAAUGACAUUAGCAGCAGUAGUGAAGAGGAAGAUGAGAGAGAUCCUCAUGAUGAUGAAGACAUAAACAUCAUUGACACUGAGGAAGACCUAGAGAGGCAGCUACAAGACAAGCUUGAUGAAUCUGAUGAACAGCGCCAAGAAAACGAGCAAACAAAUCAGAUGGUUAUGGGAAUUCAGAAGCAGAUUGAUAUAAUGAAAGGGAAACUCCAGGAGACUCAAGGGAGAGCAAAGCGACAGGAAGAUCUCAUUAUCAAAGUUGAAAAUCUGGCACUCAAGACUCGUCUUCAGGCUGUCCUGGAUGAGCUCAAACAACAGGAAGAACGAGAGAAGCAACAGCUCAGUUCUUUGGAGGAACAGCUAGAAUCACUCCUGGAAAAAUAAGUCCCUGCCUAUAAAUUCACUGUUCCCCUCAUACUGGCAAAUGGUUCACAUUCCAUCCUUUGGCUUGAAGAUUAUUCAUCUGGAAAUUUGACUUUAUUUACAUUUUACCAUUUUUCUGUUGCCUAGUUUGAAUUUUAUCUCUGUGGCACCUUUUAUUUGCUAGCAACUUAUAUACUAUUAAGUAAGACAUAGGUGAGAAAAGUUUGGUUGUAUGAGUUUUGGGAUUAGUAGAUUAAAUUGUAGAUAUUCCUACUUUUAUUCCAAAACUUUCUUUAAAAAUAUUGAGAAAAUUGUAUUGUUUUGUGAUAAAAGACCCAACUCACUUGUAAGGAGAUUCAAAGAUAGAUGCUGAAAGCUUGUUUUGUAUACAUUUUAAGUUCUCAACUGUUACAGAUAACUUCUCACACAUAGAAGACCAAAA